ACUCUAUUCAAAUUAUAAUCAAAACUUUGAAAGAGUUUUCUCUAACUCAUCUGCUCAAAUAUUAACUGAUACUUGGCCAGAUUUCUUCUCUAUAGACUCAGAUGUUAUCUAAUCAAUGAUGUACCACUUUGCCUUUGGUUCAAUUUUGUCUUUGCCAUGAGGCCACUUGAAUUUGAUCCCAUCUGGCUAAGUUAUAUUUCUUCUUUAAAUGAAGAGAUUCUGAUAAAGAAGCUUCUGAUUAGCCAUGACCCUGAUGCUCGCCUUGUUGAAUCCCACAUGCUGCUUCACACAGUAGAGAAUGUCAUUCGUUUUGGGACACCAUCUCAAGAACUAAUUAUUUCAAAUUUUUUUCAGGUUUCUGAUUUUGAUCCUGGUUCCACAUCAAAUGAUAAGAUAAGCAGCACUGAAGUAGUUGGAUCACAGGAACCACUGGCACACACAACUUGUAACAUUUCACUUCAGAUGCUUUCGAGAUUUUCCGGGGGAAAGGAUCUGCAUGCAAGAUCAAUGAUGUUAUUUGAACUAUUGAGAAAUUAUAGAUGGGGUGACAAAGUGGUAUUAGUACUUACAGCUUUUGCAAAAUGCUAUGGUGAAUUAUGGCUGUUAAGGCAACUAUACUCUUCUAACCCCUUAGCAAAAUCAGUAGCAAUUUUGAAGGGAUUGUCAAAUGAUAUAAGCAAAUUUAAACAUCAGCUUAAGACCUUAAACUUGCUUGCCAAGGCCAUGAUUGAUGUUGCCAAGUGCAUCAUCAAGUUUGAAGGCCUGCCACUGGAAAAUGUAAAGCUGGAUGAUGAGAUGGUGGCUGCUACCAAGUCUCAAAUUUAUAUGGCUGCUUACUGGGUUAUUAGAAGUGCCUUAACAUGCUCAUCUCAAAUCACCGAUCUCAGAGCCCUGAAGCCAGAGUCCUUAAAUUCAACAAUUGCAGCAUGGGAGCUCUCUAGUUUGGUUUACAGAUUAAGCAGUAGGUACAGUCUCCUGAGAAGGCAGGUAGAGGCAUGUCACCAACAAAUAGAGAAAAAGAUUUACCAGAAGCUGCAGAACCUUUUCAAGGAGACCCAUGUUGACAACCAAGGGGUGCUUCACAUGUUACUUGCUCUCAAUGAUGAUUUGCCAUUUAGAGAUUGCUCCAAACUCAUGGGUGUAUCUGAGCUGAAAAACAAGAUUGUCAUACUUUUGAUUUCAAAGCCAGAGCUGCUUCCAUCAGAAGAAUUGUUCUUUCUGGUCCAACAGACUUAUGAUCAUCCUUAUCACCUCAUGAUAAAGGGAAACUAUGAAAUCAUAUGGGUUCCCAUAUCAUCUCACGGACUCACAUGGACCGAUGCUGAACAGAUAAGUUUCAGUUUCUUGUCCAACUCUUUGCCAUGGUACUCACUGCGGAAACCCCACCUGCUUAACUCAUCGGUGGUGAACUUUAUACAAACGGAAUUCAGCUACAAAGGCAAGCCCAUCAUGGUAGUCUUGGAUUCGCAAGGCAAAAUGACUAAUUCCAAUGCACUGGAUAUGACAUUCAUAUGGGGUGCCAGGGCAUAUCCUUUUUCAGUUUCAAGAGAAAAUGAGCUUUGGGAAGGAGAGAACUGGUCAUUGCAACUUUUGAUAGAUGACAUUGACCCACUUCUUGCUAAAUUGAUAAAAGAAGGGAGAAAUGUUUGCAUAUAUGGAAGCAAGGACCUCGAAUGGAUUGGUGAAUUCAAUGGUAAAAUGAAGGAAAUUCAAAAUGCUGGGAUGCAACUUGAAAUGGUUUACACUGGAAAGAAGAACCCAGAUGAAGAAAUAAGAAGCAUUUUACUCACCGCCAACAGAAAUAUGCAUAGAAACUUGCUUUCUUUCAGAAAGUUGCACUUGUUUUGGAUUCGACUGGAGAGCAUGAGGAGAUCACGACUGAGACCAGCAGAGAAAGCAAAUACAGAUCAUAUUCUAGAACAAGUUUCAGAAAUGCUGGAUUUUGAUGACAGCCAAAAGGGUUGGGCGCUGAUUGGAAAAGGGUCAUCCACAGACAUCAUAAAGCUUUCAGGAAACAAGCUCAGGGAAUUCUUGAACAAGUUUCCUGAUUGGGGAGAACAUGUAAGAUUGAUGGGAGCUUCUAGAACUGCAAUUGAAACACCUCUUCAUGCCGAGCCUUGCGGUCACACUAGUGUUAUUCCCUACACCGAAGAAUCCAUGGAAGAAAGUGUGGCGUGUGAGAAAUGUAAACACCCCUUGAAGAAGUUUAUUGUAUAUCAAUGAAGUUGAAGGCUAGUAGACUAAAAAACAUCUCUGCAGAAAA